GAAUUGGAAUGAGUUGGUUCGAUAUCUUAAGAAAUUCGUGAUUAAAAAAUUGUUGGAAACUAAUAAUUAUCAGUUACUCUUAGGUAGUAAGAAAUUAACAUGGCGGGUCAAAUUAUGUUCCAUUUGCUUGGGGCUUUACAGUUCGCCUAUGGGGUUUAUUACGAUCACACGUAUGUAAGACUCCCGGGUACGAGUGGUGCAGGAUCAUUUGGAGGAAAGUUAAAGUUUUUAACUUUUAUUGAUGCCAUAAUUCAAACCGUAUACUUCAGUGUGGCCCUAAUAAAUGAUGUUUGGGGCACCAAUGAACCGACGCCGUCAACGAAGCCGCUAAUUCGACGCAUAAAGGACACAUUGUUUAGUACUUUAGCAUUCCCAGUGGCAAUGUUUGUUGGAAUCACUUUCUGGGGCAUUUAUGCCAUUGAUAGGGAGUUGAUUCUACCACAGAGAUUAGAUGCGAUUUUCCCAUCAUGGUUGAAUCAUGUCAUGCAUACCAAUAUUGUUGCUUUUAUUGUUAUUGAACUUCUAACAUCAUUCAGAAUGUAUCCAUCUAGAAAUCGUGGUAUUUCCCUUUUGACUGCUUUCAUGUUGUGCUAUAUGGUAUGGAUACAUGUUAUCUAUGCCCAGACGGGAGCAUGGGUUUACCCAGUCUUGGAAGUUCUCAACUGGCCACUGAGGGUGGUAUUUUAUUUGUUCAGUCUUGCAUUUGUAUUGUCACUGUAUGUUGUUGGAGAAAAAAUAAACAAAAUUGUGUGGUCUAAAGAAAUAGAGAAGACUGUUAAGUCAGGAAAGAAAAAAGCAAAGUAAUUAUGUAAUAUUUAGUACAAAAUAGGGUUUAGGAGACUACUUGUAACUUAUUUAUUAUUAAUUGGGAUGGAAUGAUAAUGAUUUUUUAAGUGGGAUUUUCUAUGUGGACUUUGGGAUGGUGGCUUAUUCUUGCUAUAUAGCCAAAGCCCGGACGACGGGAACAAAAAUGCACUUUUCAAUAGUGCUUAAUUAAAUAUCGACUAUUUUAUCGAUAUCCAUAUGAACAAUUUUUUAAUCAGAAAUGUAUUGAUCUUUAUUAUAGUUAUUAUCUUACAUGUCAUAUUGUUACAUAAUGUGUAAGCUUAU